AUGCCUCUUAUCGACGAAGCGCCAUACACGGCGGACGAUGUGCCCGACUAUCCGCAGUGCACGCCGCAGCCGAUAAAAAUCAUCCAUGUCGGCGCGGGUGCCUCGGGUCUUCUGUUCGCGCACAAGGCCGAGAAACAGCUGCAAAACUACGAACUCAUCUGCUAUGAGAAGAACGAGGUGAUUGGAGGCACGUGGUAUGAAAACAGGUACCCUGGCUGUGCUUGUGACAUCCCGGCACACACCUACACGUAUCCCUUUGAGCCAAACGCCGAGUGGAGCGGCUAUUACAGCUACAGCCACGAGAUCCAGGAGUAUUUUCUCAGGUUUGCCAAAAAGUACGGGGUGGAGAAGUAUGUUCAGCUGAACACCGAAGUCGUGGCCGCUACCUGGGACGAGAAAACCUCGAAAUGGAAUGUUGACUUGAAGCGCAAAGACGGCAGCACCUUCGUCGACACCUGCGAUGUCAUCGUCAACGGGGCCGGAGUCAUCAACAAGUGGAAGUGGCCCAGCAUAGAGGGACUCCAUGACUUUAAGGGUCUCCUCGCGCAUUCGGCCAACUGGGACACCAGUAUCGACUGGGCCGGCAAGACCGUCGCGGUGAUCGGGACAGGAUCAAGCUCCAUCCAAAUGGUGCCCAAGCUGGUGGAGACGGCCAAGCACGUUACCGUCUUCAUCCGCAAUGAGACGUACAUCGCCACGCCAUUUGGGUCCAUUUCCAACAAAGAGGCUGACCCGGAGGCCCAAGAUCCGCAAGCCGCAGGCAAGCAUUCGUACACGGAAAAAGAAAAGCAAAAGUUUCGCGACGACCCAGAGUACCAUUUGAAGUAUCGACAGCAGGUGGAGCGCUCGGUGGCAAGCAUCUUCCGCAUGUUCCUGCGCGGAUCCGAGAUGAAUCUCGCGGCAAAGAAGUUUUUGCAAGAUGACAUGGCGCGGAAACUCGGGGACAGAGAGGACCUAAAGCAGAGAUUCAUCCCCGCGUGGAGCCCAGGCUGUCGUCGAUUGACCCCCGGGGAGGGCUACCUGGAAGCGCUGAUCCGCGAUAACGUGACCUGUGUGUUUGACGAUAUCGUCAAAGUUACACCCGAAGGAGUCGUCACCAGCGACGGCACGGAACACAAAGUCGACAUCUUAGCCUGCGCCACGGGGUUCUACGUCGCAUAUCUCCCUCACUUUCAAAUCACGGGCCUGAACGGCCAGGUCAUGCAGGACCAGAAGGAACCGAACGUGUACGCCUCGAUCUCAGCCCCCGGGUUUCCGAACUACUUCGUGGUCAACGGUCCGCGGGGCAAUUGGGGACAAGGGUGCGUGCUGCCCAGCCACGAGGUACACAUUGAAUAUAUCCUCCAGUGCUGUCGGAAGAUGCAGGAGGACGGGAUCCGGUGGAUGAUGCCCAAGCAGGAGCCGACCACACAGCUGAACCUCUACAUGGACGCAUGGCACCGGAAAAACAGCGUCUGGGCUGAGGACUGUAAGAGCUGGUACAAAGACAACAAAAAGGAUGGCCGUGUGUACAUCUGGCCAGGCAGCCUCUUCCACCACCUCAAGUUCAUGAAACGGCCCCGUUUCGAGCACUACGACCUCCAGUACAGUGACCCCGGCAAUAUAUUCGCGUUCCUGGGCAACGGACUCACCAUUACCGAGACAAAGUACGGCCCUGCGGACUUGCCUGUGCCGUAUAUCAGGAACAACGAGGACGAGGCUUGGGAUAUCGAGUAG